AUGACGGCUUUGGCCUUGUUGUUGGUCGUAUCCCAGCUGUAUAUAGCUUUCGGUUCCUUAAACACAACUUCCCAAGGAAGCUGCAGACAUGGAUGGAUUAGCUUCCAAGAAUCCUGUUACCUCUUUUCACACACUAUGAUGUCAUGGCCUGACGCUGAAGAAGCAUGUGAGAUUCUCCACAGUAAUUUGGCAACCGUCCAGACAGAAGAACAGCAACAGUUUCUCAAGUCUUACUUGAAUACAGUACACGCGAAAGAUUAUCCGCUCUUCGCAUACUGGAUCGACGGGAACGAUCUGGAGUUUGCACACGAGUGGCAAUGGUCUUCGAUUGGUCAACCACUCAACUACACUGACUGGGGGCCUGGUGAACCUAGCAAGCUCCCCAACGAAAAUUGUCUUCUCCUCUGGGGACCAUUCCAUUUUAAAAUGGGGGACUAUGGCUGUUACAAUCUUCGACACUUCAUUUGCCAACAAAGAUCUCCCGUCGCACCGCCAACGAAUUCCAUCAAUGGAUGGGUUGCGUUCGGACGUUGA